GAGCAGCAGCCGUUCCCCCAGGGCCCUACGCGCGGCCCGUUCACCAUCUGGAGCCGGCUCGGCCGAACCGACCCGGCUGACGUAUCGUCCUGCGUCCAUAGGUGUCCUGGCUCUGCCUGAUCACACCAAUCACAUCCUUCCUUUCGUGCCGCUCGCACGCCGCGGGUCCCGCACGGGGAGAGCGUGUGCGAACCGGACACCGGGGCAGCGUGAGAUGGGGAGGGCAGCAGCGCUGGUACAGGAGCAGAAGGGGACUCGGAAGAUCAGGCGAUGCUUUAGGACAGCCCCAGCGCCUGGUUAGUUCGGCGGAGUCGGGGUCCUUCCAGCGGGCGUGCGCGGAAGGCGCAUGCGCAAUGUGACUGUAGCUCAGGCUUCUGACAUGCCGACGGUCAGUGUGAAGCGGGAGCUGCUCUUCCAGGCGCUGGGCAGGCGCUACACUGAUGAAGAAGUUGAUGAACUUUGCUUUGAGUUUGGUCUGGAGCUUGAUGAAAUUACGUCUGAGAAGGACAUAAUAAGUAAAGAACAAGGUGAUGGAAAGGCAGAGGGUGCAUCAGAUAUCAUUCUCUAUAAAAUUGAUGUUCCUGCUAACCGAUAUGAUCUUCUUUGUCUGGAAGGAUUGGUCCGAGGGCUUCAGGUCUUUAAAGAAAGGAUAAAGGCCCCUAGAUACAAAAGGAUUAUGCCAGCGAAUGGUGGUGUUCAAAGGCUGAUUAUUACUGAAGAGACUGCCCAAGUUCGUCCUCAUGUGGUAGCUGCAGUCCUUCGUAACAUAACUUUUUCCAAGGAUCGCUAUGAUAGUUUCAUUGACCUACAAGAAAAAUUACAUCAGAACAUCUGCAGGAAAAGAGCGUUAGUAGCGAUUGGCACCCAUGACCUGGACACAAUCUCUGGUCCAUUUACUUAUACAGCUAGACCUCCUUCAGAAAUUAGAUUCAAGCCCCUGAAUCAGUCCAAGGAGUAUACGGCUUCUGAAAUUAUGGAUCUAUAUAGGACUGACAGCCAACUUAAGCAUUAUCUACACAUAAUUGAAAACAAACCACUUUAUCCAGUUAUCUACGAUAGCAACGGUGUCGUUCUUUCAAUGCCACCAAUCAUCAAUGGAGACCAUACAAAAAUAAGCCUAAAUACCAGAAAUGUGUUUGUUGAAUGCACAGCCACUGAUAUUACAAAGGCAAAAAUUGUCCUCGAUAUCUUAGUCACGAUGUUUAGUGAAUAUUGUGAGAAGCAAUUCACCGUUGAAGCAGCAGAAGUAACUUAUCAUAAUGGAAAAACCUGCAUCUAUCCAGAACUGGCUUACCGAAGAGAAAAAGUGAAACCUGAUUUAAUUAACAAGAAAAUUGGGAUCAGUGAAACGCCAUCAAGUCUUGCAAAGCUGCUGACCAGGAUGUGUUUGAAGUCACAUGUCACAGGGAAUGGGAACAAUAUAGAAAUUGAAAUUCCUCCUACCAGAGCGGACAUUAUCCAUGCAUGUGAUAUCAUAGAAGAUGCAGCAAUAGCUUAUGGUUAUAACAACAUUCAGAUGACUAUUCCAAAAACAUACACCAUAGCUAAUCAAUUUCCUCUCAAUAAGCUCACAGAACUUCUGAGACAGGAUUUGGCAGCUGCUGGAUUCACUGAAGCACUCACUUUUGCACUGUGUUCCCAAGAAGAUAUUGCUGAUAAACUCGGUGUGGACAUCUCUUCAACAAAAGCAGUACACAUAGCUAAUCCUAAAACAGCAGAAUUUCAGGUGGCACGCACCAGCCUUUUGCCUGGCCUCCUGAAGACUAUUGCUGCUAAUAGAAAGAUGCCUUUGCCUCUGAAACUUUUUGAAAUCUCUGACAUUGUUGUAAAAGAUUCCACCAAAGAUGUAGGUGCAAGGAACCAGAGGAAUCUCUGUGCCAUUUACUACAACAAGAACCCUGGGUUUGAGGUCAUCCAUGGUUUGCUGGAUAGAGUCAUGCAACUGCUGGCUGUGCCACCAAGCAAAGAGAGUGGAUACCUAAUCAAGGCAGCUGAAGACUCGGCUUUCUUCCCUGGCCGUUGUGCUGAGAUCCUUGCCAAAGGUCAAAGUAUUGGAAAGCUUGGAGUCCUUCACCCUGAUGUUAUCACCAAAUUUGAGCUCACCAUGCCAUGCUCUGCCCUAGAGAUCAAUAUUGAGCCCUUCUUGUGAAGACAAAACUGUUAUAUCACCUCCAAAUAUCCACUUCACAUGCAACCAUACCCUUUAGUCUCUCUCUGCAGAGAACAUCCAUUUAUACUUCAAUGUUCUAAUAAACUAGAAAAACACGG